GGUACUGAAUAGUCUGUUGGACUUCAUAGGAUAGUCCUGAGGACUGAAGCCAGGAGCUCCGCCUCAUGACCACUGCUGAGGCCAUGAAUCAGGCUGCCAAGUCUGCCGUGCCCAAGGCGGUUUGGAGGGAUGCUUUGACCACCACCUUACCCUCCUCUACGAGGGCCAAGAAUUUAGUCCUGGACUCCGAAGCACUGGCAAUGGGGAGCGGUGCUGGGAGGCCGGAGUUGGCGCUGACUUCUUGCACACCAGAGAACCGUGGCAGUACUGGGGAGCAGAGUCUUUCAUUGGCGCCGGGGAUGCGGGGAUACCAUACCUCUCUCAGGGAGGCCGGGGCACUUCUGACCGAUACCAAGGUACUCGCUGCCAAUUCCACCUGUGGGUCUGAGGAGGGACCAAGUGUUACCUCCAUGAGGAGGAAUCUAAGUCUAUUGUCCCUCUCCCUUUUUUUCCUCAGCUUAAAAGUUCUUAUAGAUCUGGCAUCGAUCUUGCACGUGGGCCUCUCCCAGGCACUUCAGACAACUAUCAUGCAGAUCCUUCGCCGGCAUCGGUUUGCCACACCCCGCACACUGCUUGAAACCCUGAGACCGAGGCAUACCCCAGGAGUCCAAGCUGGGCUAGCCCCGCAGGAACAAAAGUCUACUGAGGAGUUGCACCCCCAGAGGCGAUAAGAAGGAACCGAGGGAGCGGAGGGGUGGCAGGUUCCUAUAUACCACACCAUGAAGAUGCCGAUCCAGGGGGCACAAGAGCUGACCCGACGGAUACCACUGGGGGAAAAACUUUCCAGCGAUGGUGCACGCAGCGCGCGCACCUACAGUGGAAUGGACGUGAGCUAGCACUCGACAAAGAAUUAACUGAAUCACUUAUUCCCUUAACAUUGAAAAAUUCAUUCA